AGUGAAUAAUAAAGCAAAACAUAUCUAUACAAACAACAUAACAUUCUUACAAAUAGUGUUUCUUUCUUCUUUAGGUAUACACUAACAUAUUCCAUGAAAUCCGUAACCCAUUAUUGUUCACCGGUAUCUCAAUCAUGUUUAUAAUAAACUGCAAAUCAGAAGGCUUAACGCGUUUGAUGGGUCACAAUCAGUUAUUUACAGACCUUAGAGCAAACUAGCCGUGUCAGUGUUAACAAAAGUGUUCUAAAGAAUUAACAAAAAACGAAAUUGAAAAAAUGAAGUCGUUUGUUUUCUUUUUAUAUUUUGUCGUUAAUUGUGACUGUUAUAAUAUCUUGGGCAUAUUUCCAUACAACGGGCGAAGUCAUCACAUAUACUAUUCGUGUGUCAUUGAAGAAUUAGUUCAGCGACGACAUAACGUUACUGUGAUAAACUAUCAUCCAAUGCCAAAACUACCGAAUCUACAUCAAAUAUCUCUCCAGGAUGCACAUAAUGCCAGUGAUCAAGUUAACAUCGAAGAACAUUUGAAAGUACUUUCGCAUUCCGAUUUAUCUAUGGCGUACGAUUCGGCUAAAGCAUUUAAAUAUAUUGCGAAUACGAAUUGUAGAAAACUGGUCAACAAUCAAGAGGUACAAGAGCUGAUAAGGUCAGCAAAACAUUUUGAUUUAGUAAUAGUUGAACAGUUUGUGACGGACUGCGGCUUAGCUAUUGCUCACAAGUUGAAUGCACCCACGAUAGGAAUGACCGCUCACAUUCUUAUGUCAUGGACUUACUCAAGGUUGGGCGCACCGAACCAUCCUGCCUUCGUACCGAAUCAUUAUUUUGCAAGCGGAACAAAGCCAAACUUUUUUGAUAGAAUAAAAAGUGUUAUCUUAAACUUCGGGAUGAACUUGUAUUAUACGCAUGUUAUACAGAGCAGUGAUCAGGAGAUAGUAAAUGAAGUAUACCCUGACAUGCCGCUUUUAGAAGACCUUGGACGGAAUAUAUCAUUGAUAGCGAUAAAUCAAUACUUCCCUCUAACUGGUUCUCGGUUGUACGGUUCAAACGUCGUAGAAGUUGGUGGCAUACAUAUAAAGACGAAUGUUUCUUUAGAAGAUAAGAAUUUAAAAACCUUCUUAGAUGCUGCAACUGAUGGAGUAGUUUACGUCAGUUUUGGAAGCGUCGCAUCAAACUUUCCUACGAGAGUAACAAACGAAAUAACAAAAUGGUUUUCAAACAGCAAAAUGCGCUUUGUUUGGAAAACGGACAUUAAGAAUUGGAAACCGCCUAGCAACGUCUAUAUUUCAAGAUGGAUAGAACAGGUGCCAGUCUUAUGUGAGUCCAGAGUGGUAGCUUUUGUAUCACAUUCUGGGAUGUUGAGCACUUCAGAAGCAAUGCAUUGUGGGGUUCCCAUUGUGGGUGUUCCACUAUUUGGAGAUCAAUUUGCAAAUGGACGAUCAGCUGUUGAAUCUGGCCUGGGAGUUACAGUUGAUGUUGUUACUAUAAAUGCGGGAAUUCUUGAAGAUGCUGUCAAGACAAUACUUUCAGAGAAGUACCAAAAGCAAGCAAAGAAAUUGUCACAGCUCUGGAAAGACAGACCUCUGUCUCCGAUGGAUACAGCUAUAUUCUGGAUGGAAUAUGUUGCCAGAAACAAUGGAACUGUGAACAUGCGUCCACCGACGAUAAACUUACCACUCUACCAAUACUUAAUGAUUGAUGUCAUUCUAUUCUUCGGGUUAAUAAUCAUAAUAAUGCUCUACAUUGUAGUGAAACUGUUCAUGGCGUUGUUGAGAACAUUUAAAAUCAACACUAAAGUGAAAGAUACAAGAUAUAGUAUUAAGACGAAAAAGAUGAAAUAAAUAUUACUUUUAAAGAUUAUUGUUUCUUUUAGAAUAAUCCGAACGUUUUUUUAGGCAAUGAAUUUCCGAGACCUAUCGUUUCGGAUCACUGGUGCUUGCUUGUUCGCCGUAUAAAAAGUUUUAAUG